CUAAUUUUAUUUUUUUUCCGUUUUGGCAUUUCUGUUAUUAACUAAUUGACUAUGCAUGCAUGUAGUAUAGAAAUUCAUGCGCGAGCACACCAAAGUUUGACGAGCAAAGUAUGACUGUAAAAACUGCACCACUAUACGUAACGCGCGUUACACGCAUGCACAAACUGCGCAGAACGUGCACGCCGACGCCCCGGCCGAGAAUCGCUCAUUACUCGCAAGAUGUCGAAACCGGGCGCACAGCGUUUUCCCGCGUUCCAGUGGCCUGGCAAGGACGCACACCAGCGCGCUAGCGCUGAUAUCGCGCGCAAGACGGCGUCGGACGAUGCGAACCUGGGAGCAGAGACGAGCGGCUGGCCGAAGACGAAGAAUCGCGUGAAAGCGUCGAAGAAAGUGAGAACGAAGCUGGAAGAGAUGGCCAGAGACGUCGAUGAUAAUGAGGGUUGCGGUAGGGGUGAGAGUUUAGCUGCUGGAAGGGAAGAAGAGAGUGAAUUGAAGACAUGGGAUCCAAUGAAAGAGGCAUUUGAAUCGCCCGUAUUCAAUUCGUAUGAGGACAAGUCGGCUCUCGACAUGUCACAGGAUCCGAGGACGCUGGAUUGGGUUCAGAAAAGGAAGGGAUUUUCUCAGGACAACGAUGGAGUUGGCCAAUUGGCAAACUAUCCAACACGUGACGUCUAUCAACUGUAUCUCAAGGACUUGCCAUUGGAAAUGAGUCAUGAAGGAGUGAAGAAGCUGUUCUCCAAGUCUGGUAAAGUGACUGCUUGCAAGCUUCUUCCUAUACAACCCAGUUACCGUGGACGUGCGGGGUUUGUCAGUUUUUUGACUGCACAUGAGGCUGAUCGUGGCAUUCGAGACUUUGAUGGAUUUCCCUUUCCAAACGGAUGCAAACUCAGUGUCUCGUUGUCGAGAAAUUCAUCGGAGUCUCCGCAACAGUUUAGGAGGACAGUUGCUGCGCACUCGGGAAAUGAAGAGAAAGCAAGCAGAGGUACUUUCCAUGCUCCAUUAGGGAAUGCAGUUGCAGCAAGUAGGCAGAUGUCAUCAAAGGCGAACGUUUGCAUUCCUGAAUCUGAUCCGGCUCUAGACAAAAGAAAUAGGAAGCAAGUGACAACUCCAACGAUUGUAGAAGAGCCAACACAAACCGAGUCUGACGACGAAGGUCUUGUAGUCGAUUUUCCAGACACGGACGAUCUGGCAUAUGCCCUAGGAUUGACGAGUCAAACCGAUAAGAGAUCGAGUACAGUUGAAUCUCAUGGCAGAGAGAUCCGUAUUGGAGAUACCGGUCAACUAAGAGUGACGUCUGUGAUCAAUGCUUGUAACUUGCAAGGCAGUUUACACGUCGAAGGCGUAACUGUUUCUCAGAAUAACUUCUGUCUGGAUGGUCUCACAGCAGCAAAGGAAACGGACAAUAAUCAUGGAGGAGUGAUGCUACUUGAGAGACUGACAGUCGGCAAGAACCUGACUGCAACGGUCACGGGAAAGUCAACUGGUGCAUUCCUUGUCAAGAUAGAAGACGUGCAGACAAGGAAGAGUGUCAACGAGAUCGUUGCAGGCAGCCGAUUCGUGUACAGACCAGACGUGCAGCCGAUUGAACCGGAACCGGAGAGAAGAGUAGCUCAGUCUUUGUCUCUCAGCAGCCCUCCACCCCACUUGCUUCCAACUCCGAAUACCAACAGGUAUUAUCACAGACAGAUGGAAGUUGUCAAACUGCCUCAAGGACGACUAUUUCAUGGUGUCAUAUCGUUCAUUGUUAAUCCAACAAUGUACAUUGUUGUGGCUGAAGGAGACAACGACUCUCGAAUGCGUGAGCUGUCCACUCAGCUCACACAGUAUUGCUUGCGUGUUGCUCAACCGAUGACGAGGAUGCCUGACGUGGGUGAGAUGGUGUGCGCCUGUUUUUCCGAAGACAAGUGUUGGUACCGAGCAACAGUACUACGUCACAUUGAUGGCAAAUCGUCGCUUGUGUCUUUCUUUGAUUAUGGUAAUAGAUCGAUAGUUCAGUUGAACGAUAUUCGAGAGAUAUUGCCAGAAUUCCUUCAACUUCCGGCUCAGGCAUUGCAGUGUCUUUUGACGGAGUACAAAGGCACAGGGAUUGGUGGACAGUUUACUGAUAAUGCCGUCGGCUUCUUGAAGAGCUUGAGGAGUUUGAUGGUUGAAUAUGUUCCCGGCUCUAUAAAGUCGAACAUUCACUUCAUCAAGCUGUUCGACUUCACUAAUCCUCAGAAUCCAGUCGACGUUGGUCACAAGAUGGUUCAAUUUAGAUUAGCGGUGCCUUAUCGUCAAGCCUUAACACAAGAGGUACAUGGAAAUCCGAUUGGUUUCGGGCGAGGGUUACCAGCAGUAAGUGUGAUGAACCAACAGACACCGGGUGUGCAGACUGUGGUAAAGACUUCUGAGCUGUUAAUGACACGUUCACCAAGACCAGGAAUGUUGCUAAAUUCGGUGAGCACACAUUCUCUGACAUACCCAACCAUUCCUGGAGACAAGUUUGACAUUAUUAUCACUCAUAUUGCAAGUCCGGGCUUAUUCUGGGCUCAGCUGGCUGAUCGUGCAUUGAUCGAAUCACUCUGCAGUCUCAUGGACAGGAUGGCAGUGGUUUGUAAUGCAUCGUCACGGGUUGCUGGAUUUUUUCCUCCGAUUGGAAGUCUGUGUUGUGCGCGAUACAGCGGUGAUGGUAGUUGGUAUCGAGCUUCGGUGAAUUCUGUGAGCCAUGAAAGUGUGAAUGUCAAAUUCGUUGAUUUUGGAAAUGAUGAAAUCACUAAUGUCAGUGAAGUACGGCCAAUAGAGGAAGAGUACCUGCAGCUGCCAUUGCAGGCUCUCAAGUUUGGGUUACACGGCAGUGGAGGGUUACAGCCGGUUCAACGCACGACUGAUCAAUUUCGAGAGCUGUGUCUUAACAAGAAAUUGCACGUUACUGUUAGAGAACAACUACAGGGAUGUCUCUUAGUGGAUUUGAAUGAUAUGUCACAUGAACCUCCACUGAAUGUGAUAUCGGAGUUGCAUAAACGUGGGAAGGCAGCUGGACAUUCAAUGGGUACAAGGACACCACCGGAACGUCAGUUGUCGGCUCCUGUGUCUAACCCCGUCUCUCCGACCUCAAGCACCAUGCCUUCUAUGUCUAACAGGGGAUCGUCACCGUCUACAUCGGUAUCUCACGUAUCGAGGAAGCGUCAGUCUGUGAUGGCUGAUGAUCUAGAACAAGUUCAUCCACCUAAUACUGAAACGUUUGACAUCAUUGUGACCACGUUCGAGAGCCCAGAGUGUUUCUACGGGCAGGUUGCCAAUCCUGUUGCGAUGAAAAGGUUUGCAGAUGCAUUUUCUUCUGAGUUGAAUGAACAUUAUUCCAAGCGUGGAUCAAGAAUUGACUCACCCGUCAAAGGCGAACUGUGUUGUGCAUAUUUCUCUGAUGAUGAAUCCUUCUACAGAGCUGAAAUAUUGUCGUUCGUUUCUUCAGCAGAAGUCAUGGUGAGAUAUAUUGAUUAUGGAAAUACUGCAGACGUGAAACUGUCAAAUGUGUACGUGUUGGAUGCACAAUUUGUCUCUUUACCGAAACAAGCUAUGGCUUUCAAGCUAUCGGGUGUAGAGGCUCCAUUGCGUGAAUGGAGUCAAAGGACGAUCAAAAUAUGCCAAGAGAAAACAAUAAAUCAGAAGAAAACUUGUCGACAUUCGUAUUCUGUUUCGGGAAAGUUUGAAGUGGAACUGUUUGACAGUCCCUCGUGUGAUCCACCGAGCAUGAAUCAGUGGCUGGUAAAUCAAAAGAUGGCCACGUCCAAUAAUCCCAAAAAUAGAAAACAAGCAGAUCAGCGAAGCGUGUCUGUGGCAUCUGUUCCACGUCCUGCAACAAGUGUGUCUUCAGAAUUGUCAGCAGGUCAAGUCAGUCGGCCUACGGAGUGUCAGACUCUGCCAUCUGAGCAGUUUGUUGCUGUGGUGACUGUGGUAAACAGUCUUGACUCUUUCUACAUUCAAGUCGCUGAUCCUCCCCUUGUGCGUGAGUUAGCUGAUCUCUUGCAGUCAAUGAAUGAUCACUACAGUGGCGUCAGGCAGCGACCCUUUAUUCCUGUUGCUGGAAAGAUGUAUGCUGGGAAAUUUUCGGAAGAUGGACGAUGGUAUAGAGCUUACGUCUCAUCAGUCGAGUAUGAGAAGAGGACGGCAACUGUUGCCUACCCUGACUUUGGAAAUGAAGAAACUGUUCCCUUUACUUCACUUGCUGUGUUAGCUGAUGCAUUCAACGAGUUUCCACUGCAAGCAGUUCAUUGUUGCUUGACUGGAGUUGAGUCACUUGGAACAGAAGCAACUUCGUUAAUGAAACGGGAAGUAAUAGACAAGCAAGUUCUUGUCAAGCGCAGUCUUCAAGAUGUGGAGAAUGGCCGAUAUUCUGUUGAUAUAAUUGACCUUAAUUCCAAACGCUCGGUGAGCUCUCUGCUGGUUCAUGAAGGGUUGGCCAAAAGUACAGACGAAUCAGCUUGUAAGCCACAGCAGAAGGUGGAAAACUACUACUUGUCUGAAGUCGGCCAUGCCCUCAUCCCAGCUGACGGUUACUUCACACUGCUGAUCACUAACGUCGAGAACCCUGGCUGUUUCUGGGGACAAGUGGCUGCUAAAGACACCGCAGAGCAGUUGCAGCAGCUAACUGUGGAUCUGACCGAGUAUUGCCACGAUAUAUUGAAAGAAGACAUAGCAUUCAGUCCUACAAAAGACGAAUUAUGCUGUGCUCUUUUCUCAUCAGAUGACAUGUGGUAUCGAGCUGCUGUGGAGAAUGUUGACGAUGAUGGCACACUGACUGUUCGUUUUGUAGACUUCGGCAAUGCAGAACGAGUCGCUCCCAAUGAAGUCGUGCCCAUACCACGAACAUUCCUCACUUUACCCCUCAUUGCCAUUCAAUGUCAGUUAGCUGGUAUUAAACCAAAGUCUUCCAUCGUAUGGCCAGCAGACGCGACUCAUGGAUUCAAGUUGCUCGUUGAAGAUAGAAAACUGGUAGCCAAGCAAAUCAACGUCUAUGGCUCCGUCUUUUCUGUGGAGCUGUAUGACACUAGUACUGAUGUGGACGUGUUGAUUAACAAGGAACUAGUAGCUGCUGAUCUUGCAGAUCUACUCACUUUGUCACCUGUGACAAAGCAUUGAUUUUUAAUUACUGUUAUGUGUUGAGUUCUGUUUGAUGAGAGUUAAUUCUGUUUGAGGCACGUGAUGAUGGUGAUAGGAUGUGAUGGCAACACUCAGUGGCUAUAUUCACUAAGCAAAACGUGCAAUAAAAGAUGUUUGAAUUAUGUUUUUCAAGCAGAGCAAA